AUGGCACCGUUACAGAGCGGAAUAGAUGUUCGUGCCGUCGUUGGAAGGUCAUUAAUGGUUAAUCCACGGUAUUUCUUUAAUUCUGGAUUAACGAAUCAUUAUUCGGAAAGAUCGGAAAGGUUUAGGAAGACCAAACACACUGACUGGACACAUCCACUCGGCCCAGCGAGCCACUGUAUGCGCUGGACCCAUGUACACAAAUCCCGAAACAAUUCUGAAUUGAAAUCGAACGUGUAG